AUGACGACACAACUAGCUCGGUCACUGGCCUUUCUGAUCGCACCAAGUUUGACCCUUCUAUUCAAGAGUUCAUCUGGAACCUCACGACAACGAAGCCCAGCUCUGGGCCUCGAUUUCGGCCUUAAGCUGAUUCCAGCUCCGCUCAAGGCUAAAAUCUGUACCGAAGCCCCUGACGAAGCUAUAGCUAUCCCAGACGCCGCUGCCCGUGCAAUGCAUACACCCCAGGAAUUUAGGAAUGCCGUACUUUAUAACAAUGCACCUGUCGGAGUGUGGGUAUUCUGGCUCAGACACAUCCACAGAGGAGCUAGCUCGGCCGCCUACGACUAG